UCAAUCAAUCAAUCGAUCAAUCAAUCAACAUAGGUUGUACAUACUACUACUGCUACUCAGGAUAAGUAUUACAUCUAACCUCCCCCUCUCUAUUCAGUUUAUUCAUUCUUCCAAGUUUCUUCUAUCUUAUAUCUCAUAAACAACACGUUGUCUACACCCAUAUAGAUAGAUCCCAUACUUACACCUCCCCACCUCCUUCUUCAUCUAAUCAACUUCUGAUCAAUCAAUCAAUCCAAACAAUCAAAUCAAAUCAAUCACCAUCAUCAUCAUGUCUGCUUCUGAUUUAGUCUCUGCUUCUAACGUUAGUACUCCUUCCAGUACUUCCAUACCUACUGAUCUUAACUUUAAGUCAACUUUACCUCCAAGAAAAAGAGCUAAAACUAAAGAAGAAAAAGAACAACGUCGUGUCGAACGUAUAUUAAGAAAUAGAAGAGCUGCCCAUGCUUCUCGUGAAAAAAAGAGAAAACAUGUGGAAUAUUUAGAAUCUUAUGUUUUAAAAUUAGAAUCUAAUUUAAAAUCUUUAUCAUCAAAUUUUGAUUCUGUAUCAAAUUUAUUAUCUAGUAAUCAAUUAAAUCAAUUAAAUUUAAUUGAAUUAGAAAAUAUAAAUGAUUUAAAAGAAAAAAUUCAUCAAAAUUUAAAUAGUUCAGCUGCUUCAUUCAAUAAUAAUAGUUCUAACAAGAGAAAAAGUUCAACUGGUGAUGAUGAUUUUGAAGAAGAUUAUGAAGAAGAAGAAGAAGAAGAUUGUGAUGAUGCAUCAAAUGUUUCGUCUUCAACUCCUUCAUCUACUACUAGUCCAUCUAUUCAACAACAACAACCUUUGAAGAAAAUAAAACUUGAACAAGAACAAACUGAAAUUAAAAUAAAACAAGAGGUUGAUUCAAAUUCUAUUGAUGCUAUUACCACUGCUAAUUCUGGUUCUUCUAAUACUACCACUUCUACUACUGGUGAAAAUAAUUAUUAUAAUUAUUUAUCUCCUGUAUCAAUGAAUUCUCCUAUGAAUUCCCCAAUAGAUUUAACUUUAUCUAAACAAAAACAACAACAACAACAAUAUCAUCAACAUCAUCAACAUCAACAUCAACAAUUCCAAUAUCAUCAUACUACCACCACUACUACCAAACAAUUUGAUUCUAAUAUGUCUUUGACUUCUGCUUACGAAAUGGGGCAAAAUUCAGCAGCACCACUCGUACCAGAUUUCAUUGAAUCAUUAGAAUCAAAUUUAAAUUCCCCUAUGAUUGAUUCCAAAUCAAUCGAUGAUUUAUUCUUAUUCACCAAUAUUAAUACCAAUCAUCAACCUUUAACUUCUCAUCAUGAUACCAUGGUAUCUAAUGGAGCUGAAGAUUUUGGUUUAAAUAUGGAUGAAUUUUUCUCAUUCUAGAAUUUUUAUCAUUUGUUUGUUUUUGUUUAUUUGUUGUAUAUUAGUUUGGGUUUUGUUUUGUUAUGUUGGUCUGAUUUUUUUUAUCAGUUUUUGGGCUUGCUUUUUAUUAUGUUUAUUUGUGAUAUCUUUAAUCUUAAUUCUGUUUUUAUAUUUGGUUCCAUUUGAUAUCCUUACACUUGUUAGAGAAAUUAUACUUUGUUAUAUUAUAUUAAUUUAAAAAAAUUAAAAAAAUUAAAAAAAAAAUUAAAAAAAAAACUCCAUAAAAAACAAAGCUAGUUUUUAAAAAUAUCAUCAUCAUUAUUAUCAUUAUAUCCAAUUCAUUUUUAUAUUAUAGUUU